AGUAACGAACUUCGGUUCGAGUUUAAGAUUUUGGGCGCCAUUUUCGAGUGGAGUAGCUGAGGCGCUAGCAGGCGAGCACUGAGCAUCCCGCGGAAAAACUGCGCCUUAACCGGGGAAACGGCGCUCACACAAGGCUCCACACACCGGCAAAAAAAAUAAUAAUAAUCGGGCGGGUGAGACGGCGGCGCGGCGGGCGACACUCCUCAGAUCUUCAUCACCAUGCCGCCUAAAAAGACCAAGACGGCUGCAGCCCAGGAGCCCAUGGAUGAGAGUGACUCUGCCGCUCCUGUAGACGCCCCGGCGGAUGUAGAGGAGCCGGCAGCAGCAGAGACUCCAAACGAGGUUCUGGAUAUUCGAAGUUUAGAGGAGAUUCUGAGUAGCAUCCCUCCUCCCCCACCUCCAGCAAUGACCAAUGAAGCUGGAGCUCCUCGUCUCAUGAUAACCCAUAUUGUAAACCAGAACUUCAAAUCAUACGCAGGAGAACGCAUUCUGGGCCCUUUCCAUAAGCGUUUUUCCUGUAUCAUUGGGCCCAAUGGCAGUGGAAAAUCCAACGUGAUCGAUUCAAUGCUUUUUGUGUUCGGGUAUCGAGCGCAAAAAAUCCGAUCCAAAAAGCUGUCUGUGUUGAUCCAUAAUUCCGACGGACACAAAGAUAUUGAGAGUUGUACAGUCGAAGUACAUUUCCAAAAAAUCAUAGACAAGGAAGGGGAUGAUUUUGAAGUAAUUCCCAACAGCAACUUCUAUGUAUCCAGAACUGCUUAUAAAGAUAACUCCUCCGUCUACCACAUUAGUGGAAAAAAGAAAUCUUUUAAGGAUGUUGGUGUUUUGCUCAGAAGUCACGGCAUUGAUUUGGAUCACAACAGGUUUCUUAUUUUGCAGGGUGAAGUAGAACAAAUUGCAAUGAUGAAGCCAAAAGGACAAACUGAGCAUGAUGAAGGAAUGCUGGAAUAUUUAGAAGACAUUAUUGGCUCAGGGAGAUUAAAGGAGCCAAUUGAACUUCUUUGCCGCAGAGUGGAAGCCUUAAAUCAGCAAAGAGGGGAAAAGCUCAAUAGAGUGAAACUAGUGGAAAAAGAAAAGGAUGCGUUAGAAGGAGAGAAAAAUAAAGCCCUUGAAUUUCUCACUUUGGAGAAUGAAGCAUUUAAAAAGAAGAAUCGGAUCUGCCAGUAUUACAUACAUGAUCUUCAGAAACGUACUCAAGACAUGGAAGCUCAAAAAGCAAAAAUUCAAGAAGACACAAAGGAGAUAACUGAAAAAAGUACGUCGCUGUCUGAAGAAAUGAAAGAGAAGAAUAAAUCUUUGAAAGAUGUUGAGAAGCAAAUAAAUAAAAUCACCAAAUUUAUUGAAGAGAAUAGGGAAAAAUUUACUCAGUUGGACUUGCAAGAUGUUGAUGUACGUGAGAAGCUGAAACAUGCAAAAAGCAAAGUAAAAAAGCUACAAAAGCAACUUCAAAAAGACAAAGAAAAGGUAGAAGAUUUAAUAAAUGUCCCUGCUAACAGCCAGAAGAUUAUUGAGGAGGCAAGUAAGAAAAAGGAAAUUCUUGAAAAGCAAAAAGAAAAGGAGGAGGAAAAGUUGAAAGAAGUUAUGGAUAGUCUAAAAAUAGAAACCCAGGGUUUACAAGAGGAAAAAGAGGUAAAGGAGAAAGAAUUGAUGGAGCUGAACAAGAGUGUAAAUGAAACCCGUUCAAAGAUGGAUGUCGCACAGUCUGAGUUAGACAUUUAUUUGAGCCGUCAUAAGACAGCAUUGUCCCAGCUUAACAAGGCUAAGGAAGCAUUGAACAUUGCUUCAUCAACACUAAAAGAGCGAAAAACUGCAAUCAAAGAAUUGGAAAUAAAGCUACCCAAAUCAGAGGAAGACCUUAAAAAGAAAGAGGAUGAGCUUGAGUCACUUACACAAGAAGAAGUAGCUGUAAAGGAUGAAGUAAGAGUCAUACGUCAAAAAGUGGAAGAAGCAAGAAGUUCAUUAUCUGCAAAUCGUAGUAGAGGAAAAGUCCUUGAUGCUUUGAUUCAGCAAAAGAAACAGGGAAAAAUCCCAGGAAUCUAUGGAAGACUGGGUGAUCUUGGAGCAAUUGAUGAAAAAUAUGAUAUUGCCAUUUCAUCCUCCGGUGGAGCCCUUGAUCAUAUUGUCGUGGAUACGAUUGAUACAGCACAAGAGUGUGUGAAUUUCUUAAAGAGACAGAAUGUUGGCGUAGCGACAUUCAUUGGCUUAGAUAAGAUGAAGGUGUGGGAGAAGGGAUUAAACCCUAUUCAGACUCCUGAAAACAUUCCUCGCUUGUUUGAUAUGGUGAAAGUCAAAGAUGAUCACAUAAGACCAGCAUUUUACUUUGCACUAAGGGAUACGCUUGUUGCGGAUAACUUAGAUCAGGCAACCAGAGUAGCCUUUCAGAAAAAUAAGAGGUGGAGAGUGGUGACUUUACAAGGACAAAUAAUAGAGCAGUCAGGUACAAUGACUGGUGGUGGUGGCAAGGUGAUGAAAGGCAGAAUGGGAAAUGCUGUUGUUGCUGAAUUUUCAGAGGAACAGUUACAAAAGAUGGAGUCCAAGCUUAAGACUGAUUCUGAAAAAGCUUCAGUGAUUCAAGAUCGCAAGGUACAUCUUGAAGAAGAACUGACUAAACUGCGGCAGUCAACAAGGGAUAUGAAAAACAUGUUUGAGAAGUACACUGCUAAUCUGCAGAGUCUUUCUGAACAAGAAGUACACCUGAAAGCACAAGUGAAAGAGUUAGAAGUCAAUGUAGCUGCUGCUGCACCAGACAAAAAACAACAAAAUGAAAUGGAAAAAACAUUGGAAUCUUUUAAAAAAGAAUUUGAGAAGGCAGCAGAAAAAGCUGGAAAAGUGGAAACAGAAGUAAGAAGGCUACACACACUUAUAAUUGAUAUUAAUAAUCACAAGUUGAAGGCACAGCAAGAUAAACUGGAUAAGAUCAACAAGGAGAUGGAUGAAUGUGUUUCUUCUAUAACUAAGGCCCAAGUGUCAAUCAAGACUGCAGACAGAAACCUUAAAAAAGCUGAGGAAACUGUUGUCCGCACUGAAAAGGAAAUUGUUGACAAUGAUAAAUCAAUACAAGAUUUAUCUGAAGAACUGAAAAAUCUGGAGGAAAAGGCAACAGCUGUUAUGAAUGAAUGCAAAGAAGCGGAGGCUUCACUUGGUGAGAUCCAAGAAAAGCACAAAGAUUUGCUGCAAGAAGUUAAAGCCAUUCAAGAUAAGGAACAUGCCCUUCAAAAGGACGCUCUUAACAUCCGUUUAAAAAUUGAGCAAAUAGAUGGUCAUAUAGCUGAACAUCAGUCUAAAAUAAAAUAUUGGCAAAAAGAGAUAUCAAAACUUUCACUCCAUAAAAUAGAAGACAAUCAAGAGGAAGUUCUCCCUGUCCUAAGACAGGAAGAGCUAGAAGCAAUAAAGGAUCCUGAUCAAAUAAAUAAUCAAAUAGCUCUGUUAGAAGCAAAAAGUCAUGAAAUAAAGCCAAAUCUUGGAGCCAUUGCAGAAUAUAAAAAGAAGGAAGAACUAUAUUUGCAAAGAGUUGCUGAACUUGAUGAAAUUACAAAUGAGCGAGACAGAUUUAGACGAGCUUAUGAAGAUCUUCGUAAGCAAAGACUUAAUGAGUUUAUGGCUGGAUUUAAUGUUAUAACAAAUAAGCUGAAGGAGAACUACCAGAUGUUGACUUUGGGAGGAGAUGCAGAGCUGGAACUUGUUGACAGCUUGGAUCCAUUUUCUGAAGGCAUCAUGUUUAGUGUGAGACCACCAAAGAAAAGUUGGAAGAAGAUAUUUAAUCUUUCAGGUGGGGAGAAGACCCUAAGUUCAUUAGCUUUGGUAUUUGCUCUUCAUCACUAUAAGCCAACACCACUGUACUUCAUGGAUGAAAUAGAUGCAGCUCUGGACUUCAAAAAUGUGUCAAUUGUUGCAUUCUAUAUUUACGAACAAACUAAAAACGCCCAGUUCAUAAUUAUAUCAUUGCGUAACAACAUGUUCGAGAUUGCGGACAGGCUAAUUGGAAUUUAUAAGACUCAUAACACAACCAAAAGUGUGGCAACAAAUCCAAAAAUUAUCGCUUCAAAAGGACUUUCUGAACUUGGUGCAACACAGUGUGCGUGAGGAUUUGGUGCCUAUAGCUGUCUGUUCAUUUAAGGACAAGCGUCUAGCUGACUGGGGGGGGGAGUGGCAAAAUCUUAUGGCAAUGGCUUAUCUCCUCUGAAAAUUUAAAGAAUUGGGCAUGUUGAUAUUCAGUUGCUUCUGAACCUUUGCUCUCGCUGCCAAGAUUUGCCAGGGCAGUCAGGAGAAACUCAUGCAUAUUAGACGAUUGGCUUGUUUAGCUGACAUUAAAGGUGUUGUCUCACAAGGAAUAUGGUUUGGAGUUAAAUUCAGCCUCAAACAAAUUAUAAAUUAUUUUUAUAUCUAACCUUAUAUAAGAAGGUUAGUAAAGAUACUUAAAAUAUGUAGCAGGUGGUGUGACAUUUUCAGCCUCAGUAGAUGUGCCAGGAUGGACAUGCAUGCUUAGUCUUGCUUCCCUCUCCUUUCCACAGGUAUGUGGUGGGAUCCCUGGUGUGGUCAAGACCACCUCUAAAACAGCCGUGUCUUCUCUGCAAUCAUACUUUUUAGCAUCUUAAUGGAGAAAAAAGGGGGGAAAAAAAGGUAUUAAAUGUUCCUAAGUGGACACAAAUUAUCGAGAUCAACACAAUAAAGCUAUAGUUGGUGCUGUACUAAUAUUGCUAGACAUCGGGAAAUAUAAGCAAAGUGUGAAUAACAGAUGUUCACAAUAUGUGGCUGGAUUUUACUGUAAACAUUUGUGACAACCAAUUUAGUCUGUGUGGCCAUUUUAAUGUUCUGUUCAUAAAGCUCAUAAAUACUCUGCAUACCUUUUUUACAUAAACUAUUGUCCUUCUCCAGAACUUUUUUUUUCCUACCUGCUUCCCUUUUAACAUUGUAGUUUUAUAUAUUACCUUUACUUGGAAUACAAGCAGUUUUCACUGCAUUUACCUGCUACACUGAUGUGCCUAGUACUGCAGCUAAGGCUAUUCAGCGAACUGCUUGACUGAUGUUGGACACCUACCAGUCAUACACUGAUGCACUAUACUAAAGAGACUCUCACUAUAAAGCCUCUUUAAGGAUAGACUCUUCUUAUGCUGCUAGUGUGACACCAGGAUGUCAUGUGGCCUCAAUUUUGUCAUUCUCAAGAAUAAAACCAAUGCAUUUUGGAUAACUGUCUGCUUUAGUUGUAGUGGAAAUAUCGGAUGGUUUCUGGUAACCUGUGGGAAGAUAAUGUACUUCUAUCACUUCCAUGUAUUAACUUAAUCAAACAUUGAUACAGGCAAAUAAACCCCAAAUUUAUUUCUGCUGCUAGUGUUAAUGUAAAUGUUUAAUCUCCCCCCCCCCCUCCUUUCUUUUCCUUCUUUAAAUCUGUGUUGUCCUAUUCUCUGUAUUUAAUGUAUAUAUUUUUAUAUGUAUACAUAUGUAUAUUUUCAAUAAAAGUUGAACACCAAAAUUCUU